GCGUCGAUAGAAAGGAGCAUGCGUGCUUAUAGUCAACUAAACGCUCAGCACAUCUGUCCUCCUCCCUCACAGCAGUUUGUCUCCUUUCCUCUGCAGGUGCACGCGGAUAUGCUCCAGGUGUCGUGCGCGCGGAUCAUGGUCGCUGGGAUAAACGUGGAUGUACUGACAGACAGCGGAUAGUAUGCCCGCACACUUGGCACGGCACACGCGAUGUGGCACAACAUGGCACGCGUAAAGAUGGGUCUCCUCGCUCUCCUCUUUUUCUUCCGCGUCCUCGUGCUCUGCCACGGCAGCAGCAUCUAUGAGCGCUCGGUGGUCCCCCGCGCCGUGGCCCGCUCCGUGGCCCGCAUGGACGGGGACGUGAUCAUCGGCGCGCUCUUCUCCGUGCACCACCAGCCGUCCGCGGAGAAGGUGGCCGAGCGCAAGUGCGGGGACGUCCGCGAGCAGUACGGCAUCCAGAGGGUGGAAGCCAUGUUCCACACGCUGGACCGGAUCAACACCGACCCCAACUUGCUCCCCAACAUCAGCCUGGGCUGUGAGAUCCGGGACUCCUGCUGGCACUCCUCCGUGGCCCUGGAGCAGAGCAUCGAGUUCAUCCGGGACUCCCUCAUCUCCAUCCGGGACGACAAGGACGGGUCCAAGUGGUGCAUUGAUGGUACCCCGUCCAACCAGCCUCCGCCCACCAAGAAGCCCAUCGCAGGGGUGAUCGGACCUGGAUCCAGCUCUGUGGCUAUUCAGGUGCAGAACCUCCUGCAGCUCUUCAACAUCCCGCAGAUCGCCUACUCUGCCACCAGCAUCGACCUGAGUGACAAGACGCUGUUCAAGUACUUCCUGAGGGUCGUGCCCUCAGACGUCCUGCAGGCCCGGGCCAUGCUGGACAUUGUCAAGCGAUACAACUGGACCUAUGUGUCUGCGGUGCACACUGAGGGGAACUACGGGGAGAGCGGCAUGGAGGCCUUCAAGGAGCUGGCCUCUCUGGAAGGCUUAUGCAUCGCCCACUCGGACAAGAUCUACAGUAACGCAGGGGAGAAGCACUUUGAUCGCCUUUUGAGGAAACUGCGGGAGCGUCUGCCCAAAGCUCGCGUGGUGGUGUGUUUCUGCGAGGGCAUGACUGUCCGAGGCCUCCUGAUGGCCAUGAGGCGACUGGGGGUGUUUGGGGAGUUCCUCCUCAUUGGCAGUGAUGGAUGGGCGGACCGCUACGAGGUUGUCGAGGGUUACGAGCACGAGGCAAAGGGAGGAAUCACCAUGAAGCUGCAAUCGGAGGUGGUCAAGACCUUCGACGACUACUACCUGAAGCUGCGGCUGGACACCAACACCAGGAACCCCUGGUUCUCUGAGUUCUGGCAGUAUCGUUUCCAGUGCCGCCUGCCGGGUCAUCCACAGGAGAACAAGAACUACAAGAAAGUCUGCUCCGGAAAUGAAAGCCUGCAAGAAAACUAUGUUCAGGAUAGUAAGAUGGGCUUUGUCAUCAACGCCAUCUACGCCAUGGCUCAUGGACUCCACGACAUGCACCUGGAGCUGUGCCCGGGACAGCCCGGGCUCUGUGAGGCCAUGGACCCCAUCGACGGCAGCAAGUUGCUGGACUACCUCUUAAAGACGUCCUUCAAAGGAGUCUCAGGGGAGGACAUUUAUUUUGAUGAAAAUGGAGACACCCCAGGAAGGUACGAUAUCAUGAAUCUGCAGAAUGUGGAAGACGAGCGCUAUGACUACCUAAAUGUGGGCUCCUGGCACGAGGGCAUCUUGAACAUCGACGACAGCAAGCUGUGGAUAAACAGCAGCGACAUGGUCCGCUCCGUGUGCAGCGAGCCGUGCUCCAGAGGACAGAUCAAAGUGAUUAGGAAGGGCGAGGUGAGCUGCUGCUGGAUCUGCACCACAUGCAAGGAUAAUGAAAUCGUCCAGGAUGAGUUUACCUGCAAGGCAUGUGAUCUGGGAUGGUGGCCCGAUGACGAACUGGCAGGCUGUCAGCCCCUGCCUCUGAGGUACCUCGACUGGGCCGAUGUGGAAUCCAUCGUCGCUGUGGCUUUCUCCUGUCUUGGCAUCCUAAUCACCUCCUUUGUCACCUUUGUGUUCAUCCAGUACCGUGAUACACCUGUGGUUAAGUCCUCUAGUAGGGAACUCUGCUAUAUCAUCUUGGCAGGCAUCUUCCUGGGCUACAUCUGUCCAUUCACAUUAAUCGCCUACCCCACGGUGGCCUCCUGCUACUUGCAGCGGCUCCUGGUGGGUCUUUCAUCCGCCAUGUGCUACUCCGCCCUGGUGACCAAAACAAACCGCAUUGCCCGCAUUCUGGCCGGCAGCAAGAAAAAGAUCUGCACCAGAAAGCCUCGUUUCAUGAGCGCCUGGGCCCAGGUGAUCAUCGCCUUCAUGCUCAUCAGUGUGCAGCUAACUCUGGAGAUCACACUCAUCAUUCUGGAGCCUCCACUGCCCAUCAAGUCGUACCCAAGCAUAAGUGAGGUCUUCCUCAUCUGUAAUACCAGCAACGUAGGCAUGGUGGCGCCACUGGGUUACAACGGCCUGCUUAUCAUGAGCUGCACCUACUAUGCCUUCAAGACGCGGAACGUGCCAGCCAACUUUAACGAGGCUAAAUACAUUGCCUUUACAAUGUACACUACCUGCAUCAUCUGGUUGGCCUUCGUGCCCAUCUACUUUGGCUCCAACUACAAGAUCAUCACCACGUCCUUCUCUGUCAGCCUGAGUGUGACAGUGGCGCUGGGGUGCAUGUUCACCCCCAAGAUGUACAUUAUCAUUGCCAAACCAGAGAGGAACGUCCGAAGCGCCUUCACCACGUCCGACGUGGUGCGAAUGCACGUCGGGGACGGCAAGUCGGCUCAAUGCGGAACUAACAGCUUCCUCAGCAUAUUCCGGCGGAAGAAGCCCAGCACUGGAAACGCUAAUUCUAAUGGCAAGUCUGUGUCAUGGUCUGAAUCAGGUGCAAGACACCCUCCGAGGGGGGGGAAUGUGUGGCACAGACUGUCUGUGCAUGUGAGGAAACAGGAAGCCGGCUUGAAUCAGAUGGCGGUCAUCAGGCCCCUAACUAACACCCCCGACCCCCACAGUUGUGAGCCCUCCACCUGCGACCUUCGGACAGACCCGCAUCUCCCCCAAGAACCACCUGGUGCUAAGCCUUUGUACAACCUGGCAGAGGAGGACGACGAGGGCGACUUGCAGCGCCCCCUCUGGAACCCGACUUGCUCUGGACAGACGCAAAGGAUGGAGUCUGAUUUAGAUAGGCCGGCUUCUUAUUUGCCCUCUCACUUGGCGAGCCGCACCACGGAGCGCUUGCAAGGGGCUGUGGUGGACACACACAGCUCCAAUGUCCCUGCGCUGAAUGAUCACGCCCCCGCCAACGAGCCUUUGAGCUUGACACCCUCUCACCUUCCUCUGGUCCCACAUGCGGGGGCGUUUGACGAGCAGGGGCCCGAGGACGAGGACCUGGACCUCUUACACAGCUAUAUUUAUAAUGCCAAGGGGGAGGAGGAGGACGGGGAGGAUGUAAUUCACAACAAGCCGACUCUGGAGGAUUCCCUUGCACUAUCUCCUCCCUCCCCCUUCAGAGACUCUGUGUGUUCGGGGGAGUCCGUCAGCGGCUCCCCUGUCACUGAGUCGAUGCUCGGGAGUCCCCCGAGCUCCGUCUACACCUCAAACAUGCUCCCAGACUUCGCACACAGCUCCUCAACACUGUGAGAGCAAAACAGGCACUCACACAGUGGCUGUCAGCACAAUUAUACAUCACACACACACACACACACACACACACACACACACACACACACACACACACACACACACACACACACACACACACACACACACACACACACACACACACACACACACACACACACACACACACACACACACACAGAUAAAGAUACACGCAACAUGAUUUACCUUUCAAAAACAUAUAUUUUUUGCUCUGUCAUUCGCUUGCUCGUAUUUAUUACUCUGCUUGUUAUGAGUUAGGGGUUAAGCCAAACUACAAGUCAAAAACACUAGGAAUCAUCCAUGAGUGCUUACAUUUCUGAAGGGCUGUCCGUGCACAAAGCCUUUCUGUGAAACGUUAAACUGAGAACAGUGCCAAAACUAAUCAGCUCUCAUGCCAAACCUCUGUAUGAUUUACGCAACACUGGGAAUUAUAGUAAAAAAGCUGUGGUUUCCAUGGUGGCAGUGCAAUCAAUUGGUCUAUAACGACAUAUGUAAAGCAAGGCCUACUUGUGUGUACAGUACAUGUGCGCACACGUGCAUCAUAAGACACAACCAGAGAGCAAACUGGCUUUAUAAGGACUGCAGUAGCUCAAGUGCAUUUCAUGUUCAUGUGCGUUGGGGUCGCAGCUUCAUCGGAUAACUAUUUGCUCUCCGACUUUGUUUUUCAUUAACGAGUUUUCUCUCAUCAGACCUCGCCGCAGCUUAAAUAUCACAAAGAGGUAGUUUAACUUGAAAAGUGAAGUAAGCUGGUUAGAUAUUACUUUAAUGUGUUGCAAGGUGUGCUCUACGUCACCGAAGACGUGCGCUGUACGAUACGUGACAUGGAUACAAUGUGCCAAUCCAGAAAAGAAAAUAAUGUUAUCAACCUACAUCCCUGCUUUUUGGAUUAUUAUAAUUUUUUUACGAUGUAGCUGAUACAGGUUAGCGUGAUUGUAGAUGAUGGCGAUGUUGUUUAUUCAGUUUACACUCGAUCGUAACCCUGAGAACAAGUUUUAUGAGCAUGGGAUGUGAUAAAAGUGAGUUUGCUGUGUCAUUGUAAUGGAAAACACAGUACUUGUACAAGUUCUCAAAGUUUGUAAUACUGUUAAAACCAUCUCUUGUUUUUUCACACAGGUGGUAUGUUUGUAAUACUGAUAAAUGUUUCUAUAUUUAGAAUGUCAACUGAAAAAAAAAGUUUAUACAUUUUGAAGCUGUCCUCAGAUACUUGUCAAGGAGCAGUGUGUUUGGUUUUUGGGUAACUUUUAAGCUUAACUUGAGUCGACUGUAUCCUCUUGAAAAUAUUCAGUUGUUAAAGUAACCAAUGAUUAGUUGCUUCUUGUAAUGACAUUAUACAUGUUUCGAAUUUUUUGCUUAAAUCUUGCAUUAUGAACCUAAGUAGUUUACUUGAGGUUAAGUUUCUUAGUUCUUUAUCUAUAAGAAUACAAAUUAUUUCAGAGUACAAGACUAUACAGUGCAUAGUGCAAUUGUAUUGUAUUUCCAAAUGUUUUUAGUCUAUUAUAGUGUAAGUUGUUAACUGAUUUUGACCAAUGUAUAAAAUAUACGAGGGUGCCACCUGCUUAACACUGUCAACUCUAUAGAAUGAAAUAGGCCUUUUAUUGUUUUGGGCAAGCUAAACAAUGCUGUAAAAUAAAAGGAAAACUAUUUAUAUUAA